AAUUAAGACAUGUCACAUAACAUAAAUACCAGGUGUAUUGGAUCUUGUUAUCAUCAGUUGCAUUUUCUCUGUUAGUACCACUCCUGUACCUGGCAUCAUGUGCAUUUUGAGACUGACGGUGGUCACAUUGCUGGCUACAGCUUGCUGCACACUAACAGAUGGAGCAAUCAGCAUCACGUGUGAAGGCUCUGAUGCUUUACUGCAAUGUGAUGGAGGUAAGAUCCAUAUCAAGCGUGCGAACUACGGUCGUCGUCAACACGAUGUUUGUUCUAUUGGGCGCCCUGAUAACCAACUCACCGACACCAACUGCCUCAGCCAAUCCUCCACCAGCAAGAUGGCAGAAAGAUGCGGUGGGAAGAGCGAGUGUAUUGUCCCUGCAUCCAAUUUCGUUUUUGGAGACCCCUGUGUCGGGACUUAUAAGUACCUGGACACCAAAUACUCCUGUGUCCAACAGCAAGAAACAAUAAGCAGCAUCAUAUGUGAAGGCUCUGAUUCUCAACUACUAUGUGAUCGAGGUGAGAUCCGUAUUCAGCGUGCCAACUAUGGUCGUCGUCAACACGAUGUGUGUUCCAUUGGGCGCCCACAUCAACAACUCAAAAACACCAACUGCCUCAGCCAAUCCACCACCAGCAAAAUGGCAGAAAGGUGUGAUGGAAAGCGCCAGUGUAUCGUCAAGGUAUCCAACUCUGUGUUCGGUGACCCCUGUGUCGGAACCUAUAAGUACUUGGAUGUGGCUUACACCUGUGACUGAAUGCUACCCUGCUGACGAUUUUGUCUUGCAGGAUAUCUUCCUGGGGAACCUGAAGAUGUACAAGGCUUCUGGGAUAUCUUCAUCAGGUCGUGCUGUUUUCCUCCAACCUCUAAAUCAACUUCAAUGACCAUUGUAAACCCGUGUACAUUGUGCUGAAGCAUUUCUUAAACAAUUUCUGAACUGUGGCUGAAUUAAACGAAGCGGCAGGAAGACGAUACUAGUUGCCUCUUGUACAUUAAUAAAUGUCACACCAAUAUUACUGAA